GUGAUCACGGACACAAAAGCAAGCGUGCUACGACCACUUUCACUAUUUAAAAGGGGAUCAUCUGUCAGUUGAAAAAAUAACCCACUUUUCUUUGUCACAGGGCUGUAGGAGUGGAGAUGCACGGCGUGUGAGCAGCCAGCAAUGGCUAACCGAAAGCGGUCGGGGACCUGCAGCGGCAUGGCCGACCCCCUCCCUCGGCCCUGCCCCGCCCCGUUCCCCGCGGACGAGACCGAGAAGGGGUCCCAGGGCGAGGAAGCCCCCCAACGGCCCUACUGCGGCUCCCAAGACCCUGUCUCCAAGGACAACCGGCCGACAACGCCCAGCACCCCCCAUCGCGCCCAAGCAGACUGCCGCACCCACCCAGACAGUGUGGACGGGGACUCCAGCUCUGACUACGUCAACAACACGUCGGACGAGGAGGAAGACUUUGACGAAGGUCUGCCCGAGGAGGACGAGGGUGUGACUUACUACAUCCGCUAUUGUCCCGAGGAUGACAGUUACCUGGAGGGAGGGGAGUACGACCCCGCCCGUCCCCAACCGGCCCCCGACACCGACCAAUCCCAGGAGGCGGUGGAGGAGUGGGUGGAGCCAGAGGGGCGGAAUGAAGAGGCCACGGAUGAGCGGCAGUUUCAGGGGAGCACCGAACCUCUCCCUGACCAGCCCCCCACCUCACUGAGGGUCCCCAAACUGGGUAGUGAGGAGGUGGAAGGGGAGCAGUGUGAGGGGUACUGCCCUAACGAGGUGGAAGAGGAGCAGUGUGAGGCGUACUGUCCUAAUGAGGUGGAAGAGGAGGAGUGUGACGCGUACUGUCCUAACGAGGUGGAAGAGGAGGAGUGUGAGGGGUACUGUCCUAAUGAGGUGGAAGAGGAGGAGUGUGAGGCGUACUGUCCUAACGAGGUGGAAGAGGAGGAAUGUGAGGCGUACUGUCCUAAUGAGAGGGAAGAGGAGGAAUGUGAGGUGUACUGUCCUAAUGAGAGGGAAGAGGAGGAGUGUGAGGGGUACUGUCCUAACGAGAGGGAAGAGGAGGAGUGUGAGGGGUACUGUCCUAACGAGAGGGAAGGGGAGGAGUGUGAGGGGUACUGUCCUAACGAGAGGGAAGGGGAGGAGUGUGAGGGGUACUGUCCUAACGAGAGGGAAGGGGAGGAGUGUGAGGCGUACUGCCCUAAUGACAGGGAAGGGGAAGCGUGUGAGGGCUACUGCCCUAAUGAGGUGGAAGGGGAGGAGUGUGAGGGCUACUGCCCUAAUGAGGUGGAAGGGGAGGAGUGUGAGGGCUACUGCCCUAACGAGGUGGAAGGGGAGGAGUGUGAGGGCUACUGCCCUAACGAGGUGGAAGGGGAGGAGUGUGAGGGCUACUGUCCUAACGACAGGGAAGGGGAAGAGUGUGAGGGGUACUGCCCUAACAAGGUUGAAGGGGAGGAGUGUGAGGGCUACUGUCCUAACCAGAGGGAAGAGGAGUGUGAGGCGUACUGUCCUAACGACAGGGAAAGGGAGGAGCCAGAUCGAGGUGAUUACACUGGGGACUAUUAUGCCCCAGAGCACACUGGGAACUCUGUGCCUGUUUCACCCUGCCGGGGUCGCCGGGGCAGGGAGGGGGCCGAGCGGGGUGGCCUGGGCGUGGCGGAGGGCGGGGAGGACGCUGAGGAGGACAUUGAUCAGAUCGUGGCCGAAAUUAAGAUGAGCAUGAGCAUGGGCAGUCUGAGCAGCGGCACGGACCAGAGCCCAGAGGAGCUGCAGCUGGACGCCCCGCCCAAAGACCACCCCGAGCCCCCCACCAAGCCCGAACCCGCCCCUUACACCCCGCACCGGCACGAGGGCCGCCCCAAAUCUCUCAACAUCCCCCCUGCUCGGCACACCAACCCUGAGCUGCAGAGAGGGGUGAAGGCACGUUCCUACUCUCCGGAGGAGAGACCCCCAUCGGCACAGGAACAGGUGCCUAACAGCGUGGAUCAGCCCCGGAAACAGCAGCGGUCUGAUCUCAAUGGGCCAGUGGAGAAUAAUAAUGCCACAGAGCAAACGAAGAAGGCUGCCACAUUCCCAGUUUUGUCGAUGGUGAGUUUCCCAGGGCCCUGUGAGCCCGAGGACCUCAUUGAUGGGAUCAUCUUUGCGGCCAAUUACCUGGGCUCCACCCAGCUGUUGUCCGAGCGAAACCCAUCCAAAAACAUCCGGAUGAUGCAGGCUCAGGAGGCAGUGAGCCGGGUCAAGAGCCCGGAAGGGGAUGCCCAGACGCUGACGGAGGUGGACCUCUUCAUCUCAACGCAGAGGAUCAAAGUGCUCAACGCAGACACGCAGGAGGCCAUGAUGGACAACGCCCUGCGCACCAUCUCCUACAUCGCCGACAUCGGGAACAUCGUGGUGCUGAUGGCCCGCCGCCGCAUGCCCCGCACCGCCUCGCAGGACUGCAUCGAGACCACGCCCGGGGCGCCCGAGGGCAAGAAGCAGUACAAGAUGAUCUGCCACGUCUUCGAGUCGGAGGACGCACAGCUCAUCGCGCAGUCCAUUGGACAGGCAUUCAGUGUUGCCUACCAGGAGUUCCUGAGAGCCAAUGGGAUCAACCCUGAGGACCUGAGCCAGAAAGAGUACAGCGACAUCAUCAACACGGAGGAGAUGUACAACGACGACCUCAUCCACUUCUCCAACUCGGAGAACUGCAAAGAGCUGCAGCUGGAGAAGCAGAAGGGGGAGAUCCUGGGUGUGGUCAUCGUGGAGUCUGGCUGGGGCUCCAUCCUGCCCACGGUCAUCCUGGCCAACAUGAUGAACGGCGGUCCUGCCGCGCGCUCUGGCAAGCUGAGCAUCGGAGACCAGAUCAUGUCCAUCAACAACACCAGCCUUGUGGGGCUGCCCCUCGCCACCUGCCAGGGCAUCAUCAAGGGCCUGAAGAACCAGAUCCAGGUGAAGCUGAACAUUGUUAGCUGCCCCCCUGUCACCACCGUCCUCAUCAAACGACCAGACCUCAAGUACCAGCUGGGCUUCAGUGUGCAGAAUGGCAUCAUCUGCAGUUUAAUGCGCGGAGGCAUCGCAGAGAGGGGCGGGGUCCGUGUCGGCCACCGCAUCAUCGAGAUCAACGGGCAGAGCGUGGUGGCCACCGCACAUGAGAAGAUCGUCCAGGCCCUGUCCAACUCCGUGGGUGAGAUCCACAUGAAGACAAUGCCAGCAGCCAUGUUCAGACUCUUAACCGGGCAGGAGACACCCAUGUACAUCUAGAGCCUGACUGGACUUUCAUUCAUGCGGAGUGCCAUAAGGGGGCACUGUUUACACACUGUUUCCAGGGACCGCUGGAAAUCCCACUUUUCGGAAUGAGGCGAGCAAAUGAACAAAAAGGGACCGAAAGCCUCUCACCGUUUCAUGCUUUUUUUGGCAUCUUACUCAGCACAAAGGGAUUUCCCGGCUCUCUCAUUCCCUCAACGCUCCACGGACACGCACCGCAUUUUAAGGACAUUUUAAAGAGCUGGAACAGCAAACGGAAUAAUGUAUUUUAUUUAUUUGUGCCAUCUGUCUACGGUAUGUACGUAUGUCUCGUCAGAAUAUUUGGAAGAAAUGUGAGUGUCUCAUGGAUUAUUUUUUAUAUGCAUAUAAAUAUUGACAUGGUAUAUAUACUGUACAUUUCUGUUUUUGUUUUGUUUUUGUAUUUUUUGUAGUGUAAAUAUUAUUAUUUUCGCUUGAGGUGUCUGUUGGGAUAUGCCAGUGCAGUGCUGUACAUGCGUACUGACGUUCCCUAUUGUAGCACCGCUGGGCUGUCUUGAUCCAGGUGUGGAUCUACUGAGGAAAUGCAGAUGAAUUGGUUCCAGUUCAAAAACCCGUCAUCUCAGCAAUUCCGAGGCAUCCACAAAUGCUUCAAAACGCACUGGGUCAGCUGAAAGCUGAAUAGCUUAUGUUUAAACCUCAGGGUUAAACCUCAAGACCAUAGAGCGGCUUUACAACUGGAACAACUAAUCCUUAUUUCACGGAUUCAGAUAGCUGCUCUGGUUCUCAUGCAGCUCCGUGAUCUAGUGGCUAUAGCCUGAGGUUUCAACUCCAGCCACAUACGCAGUCAUCCACACACGGAGCAGAAACGUUGAGAUGAAAACGUAAUUUAGUCAAAACCUUCUGACUUCAUAGUAUCCCCGCUUGAAUGAAGGACACUGCUUUUAGUAUCCAUAUUUAGUUUUUAUCGCUGAUAUUUUGGAACCAGUAAUGGUCGUUGGGACAUGAUGUCACACAUUUCACCAAAAAGUUAAUUUUGUGAUUGAUGCAAGUCCAAAGAUGACAAUAUUUAAGAUAUUUGAAGGAUUUUUGGCGUUUUGAAACACUGUAUGGCAACACAACAUAUGGGUCCUUGCUAUGUUUCUUCACACAUUAUUAUGGGAAAAAAUUUAAUUCCCCCUAAAAAUAAUGUAAUAUAUAUUGUUCUUCGAUUCAGACCCACAAAGCUAAAGCGAACAUGAAACUAAGUGCUUUUUAAAAAAUGUGUGGUCUGUUAAUUUUUUGUGUCCUAGGGAACGUUGUCUGCGUGGAUUGUGAGUGUAACGUAACAGAACUGUAUUCAUGAUCAUCAACAGUAUUAGAAUGUGUGUACAUAAACAACUUCAGUAUUGUGCUCAUUUGUGAAUUACUGUCCGUCACUGCAAACCUUCUCAUCGGAACUGUCCUAAUCCAUGAAUGAAUGAUAAUAAUAAAAUAAAAUACACUGUGACUGAAAAGCCUGACCAUGGUGUAAGGCUUGAAAAAUGUAUUGUUGAAUAAUGGUAUUGAAAAAGGAACAAAACAUUAAAAUUGUUGUGUUUGCAUGCAGCUGAAGAUAGAACCAAGUCAUUAUGGAAUAAAAAAAGAAAACUAAAUAAACUUUGCCAUUCAAUUUUU